CAACUGCGUCAACUUCGAUCCAGCUGUAACUUUCACUUUCACUUCACGGCACUUGGACGGGAAAAUAAACCAUCAGCGACAUAUAGAACAGCUAGUAAAGGGUUUAUGGUCAGGAUAGACUCUAUCUAACUGCAUUUACCUGUCUUCUUUAUUAACUGAGUUUCGUUUUCGUCCGUCAGGUCAUGGCUGACAUCUGCAAUAACCGCCCGAUAAAUGGCAAGAUGGACGGUGGUGCGGAGGAGGAAGGAAGUGAAUUAAAAGUGGCCAAGAUGGAGCUCGAGAAAUGGAAGACUCAAGCAGAGAAAGCUGAUGAUGUCAAAGCCAGGCUGAUACUGGAAAAACUGGAAGAAGAUGAAGCCAAGACAAAGGCCCAGCAGGAGAUGAUUGCUUGUGUUAAAAAGCAAGAGGAGUGUCAGAAGGAAUUCACUCAGAGCAUGGACACAGUGCAGGAGGAAAUCCUGAAGCUUGGUAAGCGCAGACAGGAUUUGCUGGACAAAGUAAAGAGAUGUCAAGCUGAAUUAGAGGCCAAGAGGGUUGAGUCCACCCAACUGAAGCAGAAAUUUAAGAUCUAUGCCCAGAUUCCAGACACAGAAGUGAAGUUCAGCCGUCAGAAUAAAGAGGAGGGGGAUGAUGACAGUCAGCCAAUCACAGGAGUGUUUGCCAUCAGCCAGAGACCCACUGUGCUUCUGCAGGGAGGACAGGCACUCAUCACCUUUGAAGAAGAGAAAGUGGCCUCGCAGAUCCUGAAGAUUGCCAAGUGUACUGUGUCUUGUGAGAACAUGACUUUGGAUGUGAAACCAAAAAGAAUAACCAUGGAUCCUGCUGUAAAGUUUGAGGUCCACCUUGAUGUUUCCAGAAAGGAGCUCAAGCUUUCCAAUGUCCCCCCCUCCAUGCCAGAGGAGAGAAUAAAGGACCGACUGGAAAUGAGUUUCUCCAGGCCCAGCAGAGGAGGGGGAGAGGUGGAGAGUGUGGAGUACGACAAGAACACUGGGACCGGACAGAUCACCUUCCUUCUCCCUGGAGUUGCUGAGAGGCUGGCACUGAGAGGAAGUUACCAUGUGGAUCUGGACUCUGAAGUGAACAUGCAGGUUGGACCCAGUUACAAAUACGAGCUGCGCAAGUUUCAGACAUUCUGUGGCGCUCCAAGGCGUACCAUCCUCCUGGAUGACAUCAAGGACAAGGAGGACGAGGAGGACCUGCAGGACCAUCUGGAAAUCCACUUCCAGAAGCCCAGCAACUAUGGUGGUGAGAUCGAGAGCAUCAAGUACAUCUCCAAGGGGAAGACUCUGCAAGCCUUUUUCUCUGAGGACUGACUUACCAGCAGGGGUCAAACCUACAUCUGAAUGAGCUCCUCCCCAUCCUUUGGGAAUCUGUCUGUCCUCUGUGAUUGUUUGAAGUAGAAAAUCAUUUGUAAUUUGUAAUAUGGUAGUAGCUAUAUGAAGAGAUUAUGAAGUAUAUUAUGGAAAUUUUACUUAUUUGCUGUCCUGCCGAGAAUGACAUUAGAAGACAUGGUGAUAUCUUGUCUGCAUUGAUGAUAUGUAUUCUUAUCAUA